CAAAGUUGGGGUUUGAAUUUUAAGCAGCUGGAAGGAAGGAGGAGGAGAAGGGAGGGAGGGAAGGAGGCAGGAACACAGCUGGAGGAGGAGGAGGCCAACAUCUGGAGGAGGCUCCUCCUCUUGGGAAGGCAAAGCAAAAGCCAGACAGAUGAGAGGAGAUUUUCAUUCCACCUUGAUUUUUGGUCCUUGGAUGCCGUCUGCCUUAUACCCGCGUGCCAAAUGACGUGAGAUAGUGAAGCAGACGUUGAAGAAGCAACUCCUAGCCCUGGAUAGCAUGGAGGAAAAUCUCAUCUCCAAUCGGACUCCUCUUUGGCUUUCCCUUCUGUCUGCAUCGGAGGAUUUAGGAGGUGGGUUGGGGGAUUAAGAGACCCCCAGUGUGUUGAUGCCUAUGGGGGCAGGGCAAACGAGCACAGCCAAUGCUGAUUCUCUGCAGAAUGUGUUUAACUCUUGAGCCGAUUAAGGGCUUGGCUUAUCCCUCUCUGGACUCUGCACAACAACAUCUCUGUUUUCUUUCCAAAGAGGUUCUCUUUCUCUUUAUUGGAAACCAAGGCUUCCAAAUAUGGCUGGCAGAGGGAGGAAAGAAGGGCUAACGGGAAACAUCUCUGAAACCACUGUUCCAUGGAUAGGACAUAUGUUGGCUUCAGGAUGGUUCAAGUGAUUUCCCUUAAUAACCUGGAAUAUCUGGGCUCCCAGGGGGGUCUUUUCACUCAGUCCACAGUGUGGGGCCGAAACUAGAUUUUCCUUUGACCUAUUUUGAGGAGCAAAAUAAUGGAUUUUUAGGGAGGAAGUAUGAGCUUUUUCUUUGGGAGAGGAACAACCUGAAGAAGACAAGGUGGCAAAUGUGGACUUUCUCACGCGGUCACAAAGUAAGUGUAACAUCUUGUGGAAAUGGCAGAACAAGUCGAAACAGGAUCUGAGUCAGGCUCAGAGGGAUCAAGGAGGGAUAGUUUUCCAGUCCAGUCUGGAACCGCUCAGAACCUGUCCCAAUGGACAGCACCACGACAAGAGGGGAUACCCCACCAUUUAGAAGCCCAGUGGCAAGAGUACUUGAAAACAGCUCAGUAUUCCAUCUCGAGACGUGAGACUUCCCAGCUGCCAGAUGUGACUUCAUGCGAUGACCUGCCAAUGUUUGAUCGUGUGGUUGGUGCCUGCCAGUGGUCUAGAGAAGGGAUCAGCCAUCUCAUACCUACUUUUAGUGCAGAAGCCCAACAGGCCUUAAUUAGCUUGAAUGCCAGGGACAAAGGGGACCCUGGAAAGGCCAAAACCACCACCCUGCGAGCCAACGCAAGCAGUGCUGAGACACAACGCCAACGCUUCCGCCAGUUCCGUUACCAGGAGGCCGAAGGACCUCGUGAGGUUUGCAGCCGGUUACGUGAGCUCUGCCAUUGCUGGCUGGAGCCGGAGAGUCGGACUAAAGAGCAGAUCCUGGAGCUGCUGAUACUGGAGCAAUUUUUGACAAUCCUGCCCAAGGAAAUCCAACACAGAGUCCGAGAACGUGGCCCUGAGACCUGCGCCCAGGCAGUAGCCUUGGCCGAAGGUUUCCUUCUCAGGCAGCAGGAGAGCUUGCAAAGUGGACCACAGGACUCUGACUCAUUCCAGGAGACAGCUGUAAAUCUCUCUGAAAGCCAGAGAGAUGCCAGACAGAGACCUUCAGCGAAGGAGACCAGGCAGCAGGAUAAUGGGAAGGCCAUCUUGCCAGGUGCCAAAGUCACAAACCGUGCACCACUUCAGCCUUCAGGAGCCAAGGAAGAGGGGAUUACUCCAGGCGUGACUACAAAGAAAGAGAAACCCCAUGUCUGUAUUGACUGUGGGAAAUGCUUUGCACGUCCCUCUGACCUGGCUAAACAUGAAAACAUUCACACGGGUGCCAAGCCCUUUCGCUGUAUGGAGUGUGGAACACGCUUCAGUCAGUUAUCCCACUUGACGAGACAUCAGAGAAUUCACACGGGGGAAAAACCACACACAUGUACUGAGUGUGGGGCAUCAUUUGCCCAGCGAGCCUCACUGGUUAGUCACCAGAGAGUCCACUCAGGAGAGCAGCCUUAUCGCUGUUCUCAUUGCCAGCAGUGUUUCAGCCACCAGUCGGCACUCAAAGUGCAUGAACGAAUCCACACAGGUCAGAAACCCUACAUCUGCCUGGAAUGUGGAAAGAGGUUUGUUUCCUCUUCCACCCUUAAAAUACACAAGCGGAUCCAUACAGGGGAGAAGCCGUUUUCCUGCGCUGAAUGUGGGAAGCGAUUCAUUCAGCGCUCCAACCUGAUUUCGCACCAGCGGACCCACUCUGGAGAGAAACCCUUUUGCUGUGGUGUGUGUGGCAGAAGGUUCAGCUACCCAUCAGACCUCACCAGGCACCAGAAAAUCCACACAGGGGAGAAGCCAUUUCCCUGUGAUGAGUGUGAGAGAAGAUUCACCAGGUUCUCGGAUCUUCUCAUACAUCGGAGAAUACACACUGGGGAGCGGCCAUAUCGGUGCCUUGAGUGUGGCCGAAGAUUCAGGCAGAAGAGUGCUUUGGUGACACAUCAGAGAAUCCACAUGAAAGAAAAAGCAACUGAAAAAAGUAAGCCUGUGGCACCCUUAGAGUCACAGACAGAUAGUGAACUGAGAGUCAAAAAAGAGACAGAAGAGGAGGGAGACAUUCCAGAGAAGGAAGAGAAGUAGAAAGAUUGUGCACCUAGAAGGAAUCAGCCUUGCCUUGUCUUCCCAGCUCCUGAUCUAUCAUACCCUAACUAAGGAAGGAUCUCUCUAGAGGAGGUGAAGAAGUUUCAUUUUGUUCCCUUGAUAGAUCCCUUCUCUCACACUGGUCAGCCACAAGAACCUUUUUCCAGGAUGAUUUAGCUCAGGAUGUAAUGGAAACUGGGAAUAACAACCUCUUCCUUACCCCCAGAGACUUUGCUGCUCAUGAGGCAUGUGGGAAAAAUUGCUUCACCCUGAAAGACUGGGGGGGGGGAUUCAAGCCUUGAUGGGUUUCUUUUUUCCCAUUUCCAGCACGAGAGGCAACAAGACUCCUCUUACAAGGAAGUUGUUGCUCUAUGGAUUAGGCAAAUAGGAAAUUGACUCCACCAGAUGGAUUGGAAUACUGGGACAAUGCUGAAGCAUAGUAUGCCACUGAAAACUGAAGCCGUUUGGGCUGAUCUGUGCCAUCAUGCUUCUCUUCUCAGUUUGUUUUCAAGGGCCUAUCCACAAGGGUUCCUUCCAGGUUUUAACUGGUCAUAUUCAGAAUCAAGGAGAGUACAGAACGUUUUUUGUCCAGAGGUAGCAUAAAAUGUGAUUUGCUGGGUUUGGGGAACAAAAACUAGAUGGCUAGCACUACCUGAUCCUUUUGAACCCUGUGGAGAAAUUCUGGGAGGAAAAGGAUGUAAAACCAUGAAAGGGUUUGCACAUAUUUCUGUCAUUUAAACUGCACCUUCCACAAUUGGUCACAUUUAUCUAUCACAUUUAUAGGUUAUCAAGGUGAAGGUUAAUAUCCAGGCCAGUAGGAAUGCUCCUUGUAAACAUGGUCCAUAAUAAAUCCCUGAGCCAGUGUGGUAAGUGAAUUUCUAGAUUCAAGUGUCCACUCAAAUAUAGAUUAAAACAGGUUCAAAUGUCCACUCAGUGUGUGGCCGGGGACAAAUUAUACUCCCCAUCAGUAAGAGGGGAAGCUGGGGUCUACCUCAAAGAGUUGUUAACAAGGAUAGGCUACAUGAAGAUUUAUGGCAAUUUGUAAAUUAAAAGUGCUAUGUAAGUGAUGAAGAAUGAUUUCUAGGUUUGGGGUGGGGGAAACAAGUUUCUGCAGAUUUGCCCCAAUAACUGUCAAUCCAUCCUCUUGAAGUGUUAGCUGGAGUAUAGCCCAUGAGAGUCAAACCACAAGAACUACUACUUAUAUUUGUGUUAGGGCAGGAGAGAACUGUGAUAUUUUUCACCAUGAUAAGAGUUGCCAGAGUGAAAAAAUUUGUGAGCAUUAAAUGGUUGUAUAGAAGAAGGAAUUUCAGCAGACACUUGUCAUGCAACCAGCGAACAAGAAACACCUGCUGAAAUUCCUUCUGCAUGACCAUUAAUAGUAUGGGAGCUGUUUCCAGUUUCCACUCUGGGAACCCUAAAUACAUAUUUCCACCAUAGAGUUGGAAGGGCUGUACAAUGAUCAUCUACCAGUGCAGGAAUCCUCAGCUAAAGUGUACUUGGUAAAGUGGUUGACCAACCUCUUUUUAAAAACCUCCAGUGAACCAGAUUCCACUGCCUUCCAAAAAGUCCAUUCAACUCCAGGUGUGCCCAACUAUAGUUGAAUGGCUGGAUCAGUAAAACCUGAGAAAGGGCAGACUGGAUGAAAUGCACUCAGAAAUGCAUGGCUUGCAGCAUGGGCUCCAAGAUGGUCAACUCCAAGGGUGGGGAAAGUGGUCUGUGGGCACAUGCAGUCCUUAGAGCCCCUUUGGGGUCAAAAAGCUUAUUUACAUUGUAAAAAAAUGCAAAAUAUUUUUUGCUCUGUAAAAUAUUGAGGGCAUUUCAACUAUGUUAUCAGGCCCCACCCAGACCAAUUUAGGGACAGAAGAGGUCUUUUUUGAAACAGGAACUUAACAGGAAGUGACUUCCUGUUGUUAAAAAAAGGUCUUUCAUGGGCCUAAAAUGUUGGGUUUCAGUGUAAUUCUUAAAUUUGGAAAUGUUAUGCUUUUAAACUACUGUUUCCUGAAUGUCUAGCCAGCGUUGUCUAGAUUACAUUACUGUAUGACAGUGUAUUGUUUUGGUUAAGAAAGUAGAGAGAUUAUCCUUCGUUUGAAAAAUAAUGGAUCUUAAACUUUAUAAUGCCAUCUGAUACAUUUUAUGCCAGCUGUCCCAAUUUGGAAGGGACAGUCCUUCUUAAUCCUCUGUCAUCCCAUUUUUUCAGAUGCUUUAAAAUGUCCCAGUUUCUCUCUCCUCUUUCUCCCUUCAUUCUCAGCUUACCCCAAUCACUGCAAACUGUGUUCAAGGUGCAAAAGGUAGUUUGCUCUCAACUCAGCAGGUGGGAGAGGAGAGGAUAGCAUCUUGCCCUUCCCAGUCAGCUCAAAAGCAAACAGCUGCGACUUCUCCUAGCUUGUGUUCUUCCUCAUUAAUAAC